AUGUUACAAUAGAAAAGGAAGAAGUCAAGAAUAACCAAGAAUUUGGAACCUCUGAUAUAAAGUUUAAAAUCAUUUAGAGCAGAUUAACCAGAGACAUAAUUAACAAUUGAAGAAUUAGAUAACUUUUUACAAACCUUUAAUAUUUUGACAAGUUCUUAGGUUGUUGAAUGUAAUCUCAAAGAUUUAGAUCUUUAGAUUAGAGAUAUUAAAUUAAAAAUCCAUUAUGAAGAGGACACCUUAUUUUCAUUAAAUAAACAAAUACAUUAAACUUUUAGAAGGGGUUUGGCUUAUGUAAACUAUGGUUAAGGUUGGAAAAUAUUAAGAAAAGGGUAAAAGAAGUUCUUUGAUUUGUACUUUGAAGAUAUUUAAGGGAAAGGUGGUGAAUUUUGUAACACGAUUAAUUAUUACAAUAUUGGCAGAGCUCAAGAGCUAGCUUAAUAAAAUAAAUAAAUUAAAAUCUAUAUUUCAGAAAAAGCAAAUGGGGAAAACUGUUAGAUUUCAUAUUGCAAGGAUAUUGAUAGUUGGAGUGUUUCAUCAAAGAACAAAACUCUUGUACUUAGAAAUGAAAAUGAUCUAGAAGCUUAAUGUUAUUAGAACAAUUCAUAUCUAGUGGCAUUAAUGAUUGCAAAAUAAUGGUUCAAAGAAUUAAAACAGUUAAAUUAACCAAUAGAAGGAUUAAAAAAUAUAUUGUAAGAUCAUACAUUUAUUGGAGAAUUUUGUGGCCAUGUUUAACUGUAACACUUAAUCAGAUAUGAUGAAGUCUAAAUAAGAUUUUUCUCAAUUGUGAAAAAAAAUGGAACUGAAACUUGUUUAUCACCUAAGUUUUCUCAAUAAAUCUUUGAUAAUUUACAAUUAAAGACUGUAAAAUUUAGAGAAAUCGUUGCUAAUGGAAUUGAGGAUUUAAAAAUGAAAAUGCUUCAAUUAUCAAACGAAAUAGCUAAAAUGAGUUUAAAGGAGAUGGGGGAAGGAUCAGUAUUGUAUUUUUGCAACGCAGAGAAUGAUGAAUGUUUAUCCUUAGCAAAAUUAAAAACAAUUGAAUAUCGAAUUAUUCGAAAAAUAAGAGAAAAAAUGAAGUCGUUGGUUUAUAAAAAAGUUGACAAUAAAACUUGUUUGAAUAAGUUUAUCUCUGAGUGCAAAAAGUUCCCUUACUUCAAUGAUCCAGAAUUUUAGUAAGCUUAUUACAUAGAAUUGUGCACUAAAUUAUUGAGUUUUGGUUAAUUUUUAAUAAAAGAAUUAAAGGAUGAGAAGAUUUACAAAAGUGUUUUCAAUAAAAUUAAAUAAAGCUUUUUGGAUUUUCUUGAUUUGAUUAAAUAAAAUGCUCCUUUUGAUUUUAUACUCAAUCAUUUUGUAAAGAUAAAAUAAUUCGAUGUUGAAGAACUUCAAGAAAUUGAAAAUGAUGACGACGAUUUAGAAUGA